AUAAUAUUCGCAACACGCGCGUACGUCGAAACGAGUUUACAUCUGCUGUGCGAGUAUUCGCAUACGUGUAUAAAUAUAUACCGUACCAGCGAAGCCGGUGUUUUAAACAAAAAAAAAACUACGAAAAAAUAAACAAAUAAACAAACAGAUCGACACAGACAAACGCGUCGUCCCUUUGACAAUUUUGACGCUGUGCGACGCGGGGGUGGUGUUUUUGUGCGCGCAGAGAUACAAGUGCCGUGUGUGGUGUUUCGUGCGCGCGGCUCGCCCCUCUCAAUAUCGUCUCUCAACCUAGUGCCGAUUUUAAAAUUACCCGCUCGCUCGCUCGCUCGUGCGCGCUUCGUGUGCUUCUUCUUCUCUGGCGAGACAGAAGCAGCAGCAGCAGCAGCAGCAGUGGCGCGUAUCAGUCGUCGGUCGUGUACGGAGCGCCCAUACAAACAAGAAAUUUUUGACAAAUUUUCCAUCGUCGUGUGACAGGUGUGUGUGUAUUAGUGUACUGAUUCAUAUACGUAUAUGAUGAUGAUAUAAAGUGCCGUGCGUGUGUUUAUCAUAACAACGGGUGACUACGACGACGACGACUACGACUACGACGACAGCCCAGUAGCAACGCUAGUUUGACAUCGGCGUUGAUUACGGUGUGGCGGCUGGCCCCGAAGCUCGUUGAAUGCGUGACCCGCCAGCGACAUAUACAUUGCGUUAACGGCGUGUUGUUACGGACACACACCGACACACUGAAAACGGUGAGAUCGAGUUUUGUUUACUGCACACACGAGUGAAGGAUAAGGACAAGAAAAAACAAGAAAGAAACGAACGGAAGGAUAAAGGAGUGAGAACUGCAGCCACAGAGAACACGAGGGAUUACCAACGAGUCAGCGAUCAGCAGCGCGUCUUACGCCAGCAAUUCAAAUGGCAUUACCGAAGGAUCACUGGCUAGUAGACAGGUGACGAGCUGGAAUCGAAUUUUGUAACUCGACGACGCAAGCACACACAGACAGAGAGCGCACCCGAGAAUAAGAAAAUCCACAGCGAGGCCCAAUAGGAAAGGGCGAAAGGAUUGUGAAAGUGAAAGAGUGUCAGUGAGUGAACAAACAAAAAAAAAAACAAAGGGAGGAAAAAAAAAGAGAAGAAAAAUAGGCGGUGCGUGAAAAGAACAUCGUCGCAACUUCAUCGACGAAGAUGUCGCGUACGUGCCUGCUACUGCCAUCGACGACGACGGCGCUCCUCGCUGUCGCCUGCGUCCUGCUGCUCUUGGCGGCGAUCGCGCAGCCGAGCCGAGCGGCGGCCAUGGGCUCGCGACGCAGACGCUACCGCGACGACGUAGCCACGGUACCCUCCUCGGUGCCGACGCUUCAGCGCAAGAGCCUGAUGCAGGGCAUCGGCUCGCCGUCGGAGCUCGCCUGGCAGGCCUGGCUGCUGGUCGAGAACAAGAACGUGCCCAUGCAGUCGAGCCUCGACUCGUCCAACAUACUGCGACGCAUCACCCCCAAGAGCAUAUUCAUCGCCCCGGAUCUGGUCACGUGUCCGGACGGCUACACGGCCGACCAAAAGGGCGUCUGCAAGCCCAACAUCCUGAAGAUCGACGAGGACGCCCAGCGCGAGUUCUUCCUCAAGCGGCUGAACACUCUGUACGGCAAGCUGAGCGGCAACAAUACCAGGAGGCCCCCCGGCAUCGUUAUGCCGGGUACCGGUCCGUUCCAGAUCAGCAUACCGAUCUCGAUGAGGCCGGAGCAGCUGCAGCCCAAACCCGCGGUGACGAGGCCAGCCGUGCUGAGACCCAUCGAGACCAUGUCGACCAGUACGACGACGACCACCACUGAGGCCACCACGACAACGACGACGACUACGACUACUGCUGCCCCCAGCACGACCAGUACGACGACGACGACGACGACAGCGUCCCAACAGCAGCCAACCGUCGGCACGCAGAUCGUUCAAACUCAAGAUCCGGUCGCGGAGAUCUUCUACAAGGUCGCCAACGAGACCGGCCCGAAAGUACCGUCGGUGGCCGACGACUCGACGUCGUUCUUCCUCGGCAGUCCGACGCCCUCGACACCGAGACACGAGAUCCAGGAGCUCGGCCAGGUCGUGCCGAUCGUGCCCAUCCUCGACAGCAACAACGAGUCCGUUGUCAAGUACACCGAGCCGAUCAUCGUCAACGCCACCAGGCCCCAUCAUCACGCGUUCGAGGAGACGAGAAUCACCGACGACAGACCCAAGGCCGAGAAGAAAAUCGAGGACGUCGUCAUCGUGACGCCGACGCCGGACGUGCUGACCAUCUGGCCGACCAAGCUGCCCUUCUCGAGCACGACCAAACGACACACCGAGGCGCCCGAGGAGAAGGAGGACGAGGAAACGACGGCCUCGUCGCAAGAGGAGACCAGAGCCGACUCGACGAUACAGACGGUCGCCCCGCUCGAGCCUCAGCAGUCGCAGCAGAUCGCCAGCGCCAAGAUCCGACUGGACGACCAUCUGUAUCCGGACGCGACGCAACCCGAGCCUCAGCAGUCCGACGAGUACGACGAGACGUCGUCCUCCGACGACUUUACCGAGGGCGAGGACGAGCUGCUGAAGGCCGGCGAGGCGGGCGCGAUGAUACAGCACCCGAAGAAUCAUCCAGGUUUGUUGCUGAGACCGAAGCUGCACCGAGUCGACACGUCGGACGAGUCGACGGUGGCCACGACGACGCUGAGCCUCGACGAAGCGGCUACCACCCUGACACCCGAUUCGUCGGACAUUAACGACAGCACUGCUUCCAUCGUAGGUCAAACUAUCGUCGACGAGAGCGGCGAUUUUACGGUGACCACGGAAGAGCCGACGACCAUCAUGACGACCGAGGCCAGCGGCAUCAUCGACGACGACAACAUCACGACCGUCGAGGACACGGCCGACGACAAGCUGCCCACCGAAACAACGAGCACAACCGCGGCGGAGACGAAGAGCCCCGUUAUCACUGCGGCGCCUACGACAAUGUCGUCGACGACGAGCACGACGACGACAACAACAACCACAAGUACCACUACUAGCAGCACCAGCACCACUCCUCGGCCAACCAGCAGCAUCGAGGACGAUCUGAAGGAGCUGUUCGAGGCCGAGAAGGAUCUGCUGACCGAGCCGGAGGUCGUGCUGUCGACGCAGAUCUAUCACGGCCUGACGGGCGCUUACGGCCAGAGGCUGCCGACUGCCGUACCGACGCGCGCCGCCACCGCUGCCACCGAGCCGCUGCGCAUCUCGACUUACAAGGUCGACGAGACGACGACCGUCGUCAGGACCGAGAUACCGCCGGUGCUCGACUACUUCGAUCGGCUGCCGUCGAAUCCGAUCAAGCAGCAGCCCGCGCCGCUCCCAGCCGUCAACGGCGAACGCAUCAUCUUCCGCGACGACAGCGACAUCCCGUUCGAGUUCAAGGAGCAGAUGUCGGACUCGGCGAGACCCGUAGCCGCAGCGCAGGACACGAGGCGAGUUCCGUCGUCGGUCGCCUCGCAGCGACCGAGCCCCAACGACCCCGAGGCCGCCUACGUGCGCUACCCCGAGUUGUCGCACUAUCUGAAGUUCCCGUCGGACGACGUCAACAGCAUCCACAAUCUCGACAGCUACAAGGAUCGCUCGUCGCCGUAUCGCGUCAACCUGGGCACGUCGAGCACGAAGAGCAGCGUACCGGCCCGCCAGAAGCCCGUCUCGUUAUCGUCGUCGUCGCAACGCUUGCCGCUCCGGUCGAAUCGCCAGAACUACAACAACUCGCGUCUGCGCGAGCAGCAGCAGCAGCAGAAACCGAUGCUGCUGCGAUUCUGGGCGAAGAUGCCGCUGAUACGCGAGCUCGACCUGACCGCGUCGCCGACCUCGACGACGACGAGUUACGGCGGCGGCGGUGGUAUCGGCUUGCCUCACCGCAACAGAAACGAGCCGUUCAACAGUAGCAGCAACGAGGAUCCCUUCCACAGGCAGUUCCAGGCUCACCGGAUGAACAGCCGAUUCGCCAAGAACAACAACAACGCGGCGGUGCCCCGAUUCGACGCCAACUUGAACGGCGGCAGCUUGAACGGCAGCAACAACGGCCUGUCGCUGCACGAAGUCAACAGGCUACUGCAGCAGCACUUCUCGCAGUCGCAACCGGCGAUCGCGGGCUAAGCUAAGUAGCCAACUGUGGUGCAGGGCGCCCUUCGUCGACUCUGCGAUGCUGUAGGAGAGCCGAGCAGAGAGUAAAUUAAAGGGCCUGAGGGCGCGCGCCUGAAUUAUCUACUACUACACACACAUACAAAAAAGGCGCUGUCUCUCUCACUCUUCCCCGCGUGAUAGUGGAGAGGAGCUUUUUUUUUCGAGUCAUUAACGGGUACGAUACGAGAAGCGUAGCGUCGCUGCGCGAGACACGAGCAGCAGCCCAGUACAGUCGCAGCCGGUCGCGCAGCUUUACAUAAAAGAAUCACGACAGCGUUCGGAGUGAAGCCAUUUUUACAUAUUUAUAGAACGAAUAUGUACCGGUGAUAAUGAUGAUUCACGUAUAAUAGAGACCUACGUGCACAGAAACCGUGUGCAUAUGUAUUAUGCGUGCGUGUAUGAAUGGUAUAUUAUGCGUGUAUGUUUGUGUGCUUGUGUGCGUUACGAAAAUAUAUUAUUACGUGUAUUCGACGUGACGUUGUGUAGCUCGAUUUCUCGAAUCGAAUAGAGGGAUGUGCACGGCCAAAUAUAUACUCGUCGUAUAUAAGGUCACGUGCGAAAAAAUGUUAAUAGUCAUUUUCCACGUUCUAUUCUCUAUGUUAAACACGCGUUAAUAUCAAUUUGCAGAGGUUGGCUGCGCGCGAUCGAUUAACUCUAUCGCGAAAGUCGAAAUUAAUCAACGCUACCAUUGAGGUUCGAUUCUUAAUUACAUGUAUAAAUGCGAGUGCGUGUGCGUUUCGAAUGGUCGUCGUUGCAGCGGAAUGUAUGUGUGUGCGUUUAUACACACACAGGAGACUGCCUGCAUCGCGCAGAAACAUCUCGCCACCGAGACUUGGGUCGUUUUUAAUUAAUAUAAUCGUCGAUGCCCUCACGCCGGGUGCGCGCCAAGACAAAGAGACAUCCGCGCGCUGCAGAGAGUGUGUGCAUGCAUGUAUAGUGUCGAGGAGGUGCAGAAUGAAUUUGUUGCUCUUUUACACUUGACCUUCGACGAAGUGGACCGGUUUUCUCGUUCUUAUAUACACGGCUCUUUCUCACUCGUUCUUAUCGAUGCGCACCGCUGUGUCCCUCCUCUUCCUCACUUCUUUCUCUCGUCGUCUUUCUCUCUCGCUCUAUCUCUCUGCAAAUUGUAAUUGUACCUUUUUAAUCUGCACCUCGCGUGUAAAAAUCGAGAGAUCCGAUACUUGCUUACGACGAAGCGUCGUGGAGAAAGUGCGAGAAAAUAGAGAAAAGAGCUUUGACGACGACGUUGAGGAGACGACACAAUGCAUCAACGUCCGCGUGCGCGCGUUACGAUAUUUCGAACGAUGCUUUUGUGCAUGUAGCAUGCGCGUGCGUGGUGCAGCACAACACGAGAUUAGCUUGAGAAUGCGGAUGCGUAUAUAUUGCGACUCCGCGUGUAUGUGUGUCCGUGUGUGCUCUUGAUGCGGCGCGUUGAUGAUGAAUCGCGCGGACGACGCAAAAUUCCCCGCGACAAACUUCAUUUAUAUAUAUCGUAUACACAACAAUAUACGCACAAGUACGUUAUCCUUAUGAUAUAUACGUAUACACGUAGCGAAUAGGCCAAUUAUAAAAAAAAAAAAUUAUAUAGAUAUGUACUGAAACGAACAUGCAUCGACGAUUGUACAUUUUUUUCAAGCGUAAGCUCCUCGUUACGGAAUAACCUGUGGAUUUUUUACAAACAAUCAUCGUUUUAGAAAUUUUAUACAACCCUUCUACCAGAUCGUGCAAAACACAAUGAUAAAUCAUUGGCAAUAAGUCGAAUCGAUGUAUUAUUCGUGAAAUCGUAUACACCGCUCAUAAACUGCCAGGUUAUUCCAUCGAACGUCAAUAGCGUAAUUUCGCAUAAUCCUCACAUCGACUUGCGUUGAUCGACUGCAAAAUACAAUAAGGAAUGAAAUGAAUCGGUGUAAAAAUGUAGCGCGCGUGCGAUGAUGAGACAUAUACGCACUCGUUAAUCGCCGAUCACAGACUGACCAGAAAACAUUUUUAACGGCCAAUUCGAAUGUGUGCCAAAAAAAAAGUUUUUGGCUAAUUAUACGUAUGGCAAGUACGGUCGUUCCGGCGCGCCGCCACCGCAACGCCUGUGCACUUUUAUCGAAUCAUAUUUAUACAUAUUAUUAUAAACUGUGCACACGUGUGAGCGAAGCGCGCGCUCUUGGGCCGAAGAAAAAUAAAUACAUAUUGUAAGCCGUAUAAACUCGAUUUCGCACGAUUCAAGAAGAAAAAACAAAUAUCCUAGCUUAUAAACAAUUCGUGUUUUUUGUAUACUUUUACAAGCGUUGUUUAUGAGAAGAAGAAAAAUUUAUAUAUGUAUUCGAUGUUUUUCCUUCGGGGCUUUUUUCGAUUCACACAGAAUUUAUCUUCGUUUUUAUUAAUAUUGUAAUAUAUACAUACUUGAAUUUUUAUGUAUAGUAUAAUAACGAAAAAUAUAUAUGAAAUUAUAUAUUUAGUAAUAAGUAACUUAGUAAACGAAACAUAGUCAUGUGGCAAUCUCGUGGGGUUAACGUUGAAAAUAGUACCUCACGUUCAUUUGAAACAAAAAUUCGUUUUUUGUACGUGUGUUUUUUAAGUGUAUGCGUAUGGGUUAUUUUUUUGUUUUUUUUUUCAUUUGUGCAUGAUACUGGAAAAAAAAUUGUAAUUGUUGUCUAUUAACACUUUAAGAUUUAAUACUUAUAAACAAGAAAAAUUUAAAUAAUACAUGUUUAACACAGAACGCUGCGACGAGAUUAGUCAAAGACGUAUUACAUAAACUGCGCUUGUAUCUAAAGCUCAUUUCAUACGCUCGCCUCUCGCGUAGUAAAUAUUGCAAUGUAUUGUACUCAGAACAAACUCUUAAUGACGCGAAAGUCUAUUUAUACAAUUUUUUUUUGUUAAUUGAUAUUGUAUUCUUAAAAACGUACGGACGAAGGAGGCAUUUAGAACUGUUGCUCGAUGUUGUAUGUUUUGCAAGAACGAAGAGCGUUAUCAUCGUCGUAGUUCCCGCCGCUUUAUCGCAUUUAAGCUUCACACGAAUUGAGUACAAAACAAUACGGGCCAUGCAAUUUUUCGCCAAUAAUAUAAUCCUUUUUAAAUGCCGUCUCAUUUUUGGUACUAUUUGAUACGCAUCAAGGUGUCAAUAUGGAUUAAUUAACGAUUUUUAUACUUAUACUAAGUUUCUGUAACUAUAACGAAAUCAAAAAUCAAUUUUUUUGCGAGUAUAGCAGGUUCAUUGUUGUAAAUAUUUUUAACUUUAUCGAAUAAUU